AUGCGCAAUUCUAUCACCGCUUUUGCGAAACAAGAAAUUGCGGGGCAUGAGCUUGCAAAGAGAAGCCUCCUCUCAGACAUUCUGACAGACAUUAAGAAUCUCACCGAGUGCAGUUCUUGCGAAGCUUUGCUUGAGGUUCUCAAAGUAUUGGCUCACUUAGGUAACAAUGAUUUUGUCAAAGUCAUUGUGGAGGUUUGCCAGACACUGGGAGUUGAAGACAACGAUGUCUGCUCUGGAGCAAUUGGUCUUGAAGGCCCUAUCUUAGCACACGCCCUCCGCCAGAUGACUAUUGGAACCAAAACUUCGACCCUGUUCUGCCUGACUGUCUUCGGCCUGUGCCAAUGGCCCGACGUCGACACCUCAUAUUCUCCAUCCAUGACCACCAAGCCGUCGACCUUGCGUCCCGCAUCCAGUGGCAAGACGCCAAUAAAGGUGGUGCAUAUUAGCGACAUCCACGUCGAUCUGAACUAUACGAUCGGCGCAAGCUGGAACUGUACUAAGAAUAUCUGCUGCCGCAGCUACACAACUGCUGACGAGCCAGGCAACAAUGCCACCCCCGCCGGCGCGUACGGCAACGUCCACUGCGACACUCCGCUGUCGCUCGAGGAGAGCAUGUACGCCGCCAUCGAGUCCCUCGUGCCAGAGAGGCAGUUCACAAUCUUCACAGGAGACGUGGUGGAGGGCGCCGUGUGGAUGGUUACUGACGUCGAGGUGUCUAACGACCUCAACAAUGCGUACGCGCGCAUGCGCGCUCUGGGCAAGACGUACGCCGUGGCGGGUAACCAUGAUGCAUGUCCCGUCAACUCGUUCCCGCCAGCGGAUAUUGACACUACCAUCAGUACGCAGUGGGCGUAUGAUGCUAUGUCGGCCAACUGGGAGACUUGGAUCGGGAACACGGCCGCUGCAGAGGUGUCAUCUAACUAUGGCAGCUACUCUGUUGUCGACAGCUCCGGGCUCCGUAUCGUCAGCAUCAAUACCAACUUCUGGUAUAAGCAAAACUUCUGGAUGUACGAGAAGAACUGGGAGAGCGACCCGUCCGGCAUGUUUGCAUGGUUGGUCUCGCAGCUGGAGCAGGCCGAGGCAGCUGGAGAGAGGGUUUGGAUUCUUGGUCAUAUGCCGAUGGGCGCAUCAGAUACUUUCCAUGAUGCCUCCUACUACUUUGAUUUGAUCAUUCAGAGAUUCGAUGCUACGAUCGCUGCAGUCUUCUAUGGCCAUACACACAAAGACGAGUUCGAGAUCAGUUAUAGCGACUACACUCACCAGGACUUCUCCACUGCCACUAUGAUGUCUUAUAUCGCCCCGGCGCUCACGCCGACGUCGGGUAACCCAACGUUCCGCGUUUAUGAUGUUGACCCAGUGACCUUCGGUGUCCUGGACAUGACAGUCUAUUACGCGGAUAUCACCUCGGAUACGUACCAGACGAACCCAACAUGGGAGAUUCUGUACUCGGUCAAGGACACCUACGGCAGUCUCCUCGGUGUUACAGAUAUCGCGACGGAGCUUACGCCUGCGUUUUGGCACAACGUCACCGCUCUUUUUGAGAAAAACGAUACAGUGUUCCAAGAGUAUAUCGGCCGCAAGACCCGCGACUACGAUACUUCGACAUGUACUGGCUCCUGCAAGAUGGCAGAGAUAUGCCAGCUGCGUGCGGCGCAGUCGCAAUACAACUGCGCGAUCAUUAAACCUGGAAUUAAUUUCAAGCGUGAUACCACCACUGGCGUUGUUGUAGCAGGAGAAUGUGACGGGUCUCGAGCUAUUCCGAUCCUCUCGUCAAUGGCCAAUGUGACCGGUGUUCAGGCGCUUCGAGAUGCGCUGGUCAUGAUUCUCGGGAGCUCGAUCCUGAAUAUAACAGUUCCGUCGAACUACACAGUUAAUGGAACAACUAUUUGA